AUGUCGAUGCUGCGCAGCGCUGUUGCGCGACCUCUGCGCACUGCCGCGCUUGUGCCGAGCACAUCUUCGGCCUCGAUAAACCUUCUUUGCCGCAGCUUUGCAUCUACGUCGCUUGGGCAGCUUGCGUCCACAUCGCCCUCUGCCAAGACUGCAUCGACCGGAUCGGCAGCAUCGACUUACAGUGCGAUUCUGGACUCGCUUGCGGAUUCGUAUGAAAAGACGACGCGCGGGGCAGGUGCGCGUCUUUCGCGGCCCGCGGAUGGGCGUCGAGGCUACGUGGCCGAUCUGGAAGCCGAGUGGGCCAACCGUGCGGUGUACGGCGAGCAGUCCUGGCCUGCAACGCCGUUUAGUGGCAGGAGCAUUCGGGUUACGCCAUCGUCGGAUCCGGCAAGAGCGUAUGCACAGCUGGCUACGCUGCUCAAGAAGAACAACGUGCGCGGCGAACUUAGGCUGCAACAGCGAUACGAGAAGCCCAACGAGGAACGAAGACGCAAGAAGAGCGAGAGGCACCGUAGGAGGUUCGCCGACAUGGUCAGAAAAAAGGUCCAGCUCGUCAUGGCCAUCAAGGCUCGAGGCGCAUGA